AACAAAACCACAUGUUUGUUUCUCCUUGUGCACAACAACAAGUCAAAACUCAGACUUUGCAAUUAACUUUCUUCAUCAAAGUCCAGGACGUUGAGUUGUCUUCUAAGAAUUCUGGUACAAAUCAGAUUUGAUUUUCCUUUAAGCUGACAUGAAAUACAGUAGAAAACGAAGAUUUUUAAUAUAUUAAAUUGUUUUCUGAUCAUGUAUACUGUAACAAGAAAUUUAAGCAUUCUGAAAAUAUUCAAACAAGGAAUAGGUACACAUGGAAAUUGGAUUUUCUUUGAAAGUACUUCGAUAUUCGUUGAUCGGAUCAAAUUUUCUAUCAGUCGUGUGAUCUCAAAGCAGACUGUUGCAUCUUCAACAAUCUACAGAGAAAAUUCUAAUAAAUAUGUUAAUAAACGAGAGGCAGAGGAAUUGCCCGUCUACCAGUUUAGUGGUGACCAUCGUCAGCGAAAGCACCGUGUAUAUGUUUGGGGAAAUUCUGUGACUGGAAGCCUAGGAGUACCAACAUUUGUCAAACCGAAGCCUAAUGUUCCAAUUCGGAAGAAACAAACUGCUCCGUAUUUGCUUUUCUUUGAAGAAAAGAUAACUGAUGUUGCAUGUGGCUAUGGUUUUUCACUGUUCAGCAGUAAUGGUCCAACUUCAUCAAAACUUUGGGGUACAGGUAUCAACACAGAUAGCCAACUAGGAUAUCAUGAAAAGCAAGUUAAUAGAGGGAAAAAUUUAGAAUAUUUAUUAGCACCUGCUGAAAUUCAUCUGCCUCUGAAGAGACCCCGGUCAACUCGUGUCAUUCAAGUAGCUUGUGGGAGAGCGCACUCUUUAGUUUUAACAGAUCAGGAAGGAGUGUUCAGUCUAGGAAAUAAUGCUUACGGCCAGUGUGGACGAAAGGUGGUAGAAAAUGAAGAUUACAGUUCCAACAUGAUGAUUCACAAGAUUUCUGGUAUUGAAGAUAAAGUAGCUAAGAUUGUGUGUGGGCAAGACCAUAGCCUGUUUCUUACAGAAGGUGGACAGGUCUUAAGCUGUGGAUGGGGUGCUGACGGCCAGACAGGCCAAGGAGAUUAUGAAAGCUCAAGUAAAAUGAGUUUGGUAGGAGGUGAUCUUAAGGGUGAAAGGAUUGUAGACAUUGCCACAUAUGCCGAUUGCUGCUUAGCUGUGUCUGAUAAAGGUGAUGUUUUUGGUUGGGGAAAUUCAGAGUACAAUCAGCUCAACUUAGUCACAGAUGAGACUCAGAUUGCAGAACCAAGACUUCUUCCUUUUAAGAAUGUGGGGAAAGUUGUUUCUAUAGCAACAGGGGGAACCAUUUGUGCACUUCUAAAUGAUGCUGGUGAUGUAUAUGUGUGGGGAUAUGGAAUCCUAGGCAAGGGGCCUAAGCUGUCUGAGAGCAUUCAUCUGGAGCAUAUCCCUCCAAUUCUCUUUGGUCGUAAAAUUUUAAAAGAGCAUGUGAAAGUCACUCAGAUACACUGUGGAAUGCAUCACUUUGCUGCUUUAACAAAUACUGGUGAGAUGUAUACUUGGGGUCAAAAUGCUCAUGGCUCUCUAGGACUUGGUUUUCAUCAAGACCAGUAUUUCCCACUUAAGGUUGGUGUUCCAGCUGAAGUUAUUGAUGUUGCUUGUGGCGUUGAUCACACUAUUGCCCUUGCAAAGACGUUUAUUUGAAUAAUCACACCACAAAUUAUUAGAGCACAUAUUGCUGUCCAUACUUAGUAGGCCUCUACUGCCAGAAUGUUGGUAUUGCUAAUGAAUAUUAAUUUAUUGAAACUCUGUCAUGGUAUUAUCAAGAGCACUGUAAUGUUUCUCUAUGAGUUUGAUGUUUCCAUUUUUUGCAGCGUUAUCUAUUUAAUCAUAGAAUGUCAUCAUAAACAGAGAGCCACAUAGUUCAGUCUAAACUUGCUGUAGCACUGUGGGCGAUGAAACGUGGAGAUUCUUUAAAAAGUUUUAUAAUAAAUAAAUAAAAUAAUAAUAAAUAUAUACAGUUAUACAUAUGUAGUGCCUGUUGAAACAGAAUACAUCUUUUAGUCUGCUGGCUUAUAUCAUAUUUUGUGGCUUUUUCUUUUAAAUUUUUUUGGGUAGUUUCUUGGCAAACAUGUCUAAUGGUUUCUAAAAAAUCCACAGAUUAAGAAAAAAAUGGAUGCCAGUUUUUUUUAUUUACAUACUACUCCAUUUUGAAUUUUAAAAUGGCCGCUACAAAAAAACAGUUUUUAACAAAAUAAUUUAAAUCAUUGCUAUUCUUUUGUAUAUCUUACCAUAUUCAUUUUAUUUUAUCAGAUACUUAUUAUAAAGAGAUCACCCUCCUAAAAACCUCAUUCCCCACACAGCUCCCUCUGGAAAUUCUUUAGCAAAAAAUUUACUCUCUAUUAGUUGCAAAAUUGCCACAUAUCACCAUAUUUCGCCAUCUGAAUCUCCCUAACUUAGUCAUUAAGCAUUCCCACUUAACCUUCACACCCCCGACUCUAUCAUCCCCAUGAUAUAAGAGUUGUUAGAGAAUGCCUAAUGCCAUUUAUUAAAUUAUGUUCAUUUAGAUAAUCGGUUAGUUGCAUCUGUGUUAUAUUUUUCAAGUAUCUUUGAUAUGUGACAAACUACUAAAAUAGGUCUAUAGUUACUUCACGUCUCUUUGUUUUCCCUUAUAUAUAUUGGUGUAGUUCUUGCUACCUUCCAAUAAACAGGGAUUUCUUCGUUCAUUAAUGACAUAUUUUAAAUCUUACAAAGAGAAUCUGAUAUACGUUGAUGCCAUUCUCCGUCCUUUAACGACAUAUGUCGUUAAUUAACAUAACAAUAAGCCUAUACAAUAUUGUUAUUGAACAAUUUUAUUGUAAAUCUUACAAAGAGAAUCUGAUAUAUACAUUGACGCCAUUCUUAACAGUUUACUAACAAAAUCAAUGAGAUCAAUGCUGAUAUGGUCAGACAAAUUGAGAAAUAUAUUUCUGCUUUUUUGGUUUCAAUAUAUUUACAAGAAGAGAAUUGGUAUCUGGAUUCUGUAUUUUUAGUUCCUAUGCAUGUAAUGCAAUAGGAUCUAUUGUAAUCAAUUUUCACUUUUUUCCCUGUGUGUAGUGGUGUGUGUGCGUGUGUGUCUAGACAUUUAAGCAAAUGCACAUGCGUAAAAAAAAGAUUUCCGACAUUUUGUUUUUCCUCGCGAUGCAAAGUUUGAUAUGAAGUUUCUACAGUGUUCAGUCAGGGCUCACGCUAACCGAUCGGCAAGUUGGCAUGGAUGAAACUAUUUUGGUUUUGUGGCAAAAAAAAAUGCUACUGCUGUAGGCAUAGGCAUUUUGAAGAAGGCCUAAAAUUAAAAAAAAGGUUUUAAUACUUGCUGAAAUACAUCGUUUUUUCAUUUUGAUCCCCAUUUUUCACUACCUCCAUGCAACGUUUUUUUCUGUUGUAUGAGUAGUCAUAUGAAGGUACUAUAUCCCCGACAGUUGGCUAUGCAGCAAUGUACCCUUUGAAUGCAGACUGAAGGCAAGUAAAGAUAUAAAGGCAGCCGACUGUCUGGUACAUAACGAAUAUAUCUAGCUUAGGCUGUCCGCAAAAACAUGUUUCCUAGCGGCCUAGUUUAGUACAGUAGUUACUGCGAUGCGAGGGUGAUAAAUCGUUUAAUCAAUGGUAUAAUAAUCAUAUGGGGCAUAUCGAUUAUGAUAUGUCUAUGAAAUAAUGUUUCCAUUUAUUCCAAACAGAGUAUUUUCAUUACCAGUUAUAAAUAAGUUGUUCGUUUCGUUAUUUUCUUGUAAUUCUUUGUUGAAAGAUUAUUCUAUAUCAAAAUCUUUAUAAUUUCUAAAUGUAGGCCUAAUUGUUUUAUGCCCAAUUUUCUUAUUUCUAUGUUCAAUACAAGUGUAGAAUAAUGAGUGGUCGCUAAGUGCUAUAUAUGCAAUCCCAUUAAGAACAUGGCGUUCUGGUGUUGAUGAUAAAAUUAGAUCGAUACAAGUAGCUGAAUUUUGUGUAAUUCUUGUUUUUCAUUUAAUUAAUUGGGUUAGUUCAAAUAUAUUUUCAUGUUUAUUAACUGGAUUUGUGAAGGUCAGUAUCUAAAAUACAAUUGUUGUUAAAAUCUCCCAACAAUAAUAUUUCCUUAUUUUCAUUGCAGGCUUUUUCAUGUUUGUUAUCUUAUCUUUAUGUCGGGCGAUCGAUAUACACAUGCUAUUAUUAGCAUAUUGUCAUUUCUUUUAUUAUUUAUUUCGAUCCAUGCCACUAAUAUUUCUUCUAAAUCUAAAUUUAAGUCCUUCAUUUACAAAGUCAUAAUUCCACCACCAUCAUUUAUGUUUGUUAUUAGUCAAUCACUGUCCUUUCUUAUUAAAUUAUACACUUCUAUUUUGUAUCAUGGUUGUAUAAAGUAUCAGGGUAGGGAGGAAUUAGUUUAGAAAUCAGGGUGUGUUUCAUUUAACCAAGUUUCUGUUAUAACGAGUUAUUGUAGUAGUUUUGUUAGCAGAAAUAUUUUUGUGAUUUACUUGACUUAUUCCCUUCAACUCCUUGUGGAGCAUGUUAUACAUAACUGUAUUUAUCUCCCUUUGCUACUAAGAAUGUAAUUUAUGCAUAAUGGAGAAAUAUUGUACAAUGUGAAACGAACCAGCCAUGGCAUAUGAAAGAAACAAAAUAAGCAGUAAGAUAAUAAAAAUAACAGACUAAGGACCAUAAUGAACAAUGCACCAUGGCAACAUAUAUUCGCUCCAGUUUCUGUUAGCAUUAGUGUACAAACCUGUCUGGUAUGUUCAUAUGAAUUUAUGCCUGAUGAGUGUGGGUAGCUAUAUAGCUACUCAUACGAAACAAAGUUGCAGCCAAUAAAUGCAGAUGGAAUUGUUAUAAUCAAUUAUGAUUAUUAUCUUUUCUUAAUUGAAGAUCUCAAUGGUUAUUUAUGAUUAUUUUCUUUUCUUAAUUGAAAUUUGUUGUAAUUAAAAUGUAAUUUUUCAUAAAUGGGCUUUUUGCAAUAAAUCUUUUUUUAAUGAUUUUUUAAAAUUGCAAUUUGAAUUUUGAUCUCAAUGGCUAAUUAUAGUGAUGAUUUUUAUCUUUUCUUAAUUGAUGCUUUUUGUAAUUAAAAUUAUUAAAUAACAAUCUUGGAUGUAAUUUUUAUUAAUGGGCAUUUUGCAGUACAGUAAUGCUGUUGUUGAUCUUUUUUUUUCUCUUGAUGUACAUUUUUAAUGUUCUCUUAUUGACCACCUUAAGUGCAAUUUAAAUUUUAUAUUUUUGAAUUUGAACAUUGACCUUAUUUUAGUCCUAUUUGAAUCAUGCUAAUGAGAUUUAUUAAUGUACAUUUUUGAUGUUUUCCCCCUUAAAUAUUGUUGUUUGUCUUGUAUUUUGAAUGUUUUUAUCUUUUCUAGUACUGUAAAUUGUCUUAUAAAAGCCGCCAUCGUGUGCCAAGGUCCACUAAAAUAAUCAUAUUAAGAUAUAAAACAAAAAAUAACGACACACAUUAGGCUAUCAAACUCUAAUAACUUUGUAGGGGCGUUACUCUGUUAACGUGCUUAAUGACAAGUUACCCUGAUAAAACAUAAGGAUAGGUCGAAAUAUUGGUUUCCUCCAAUAAAGCGUUUCUGAAGUCCAUACA